AUGACAAAGAUCGCCCUCCUCUCUCUCCUUGCGGCCGCCGUACCAAUCGUGCAUGGUGGCAUGACCAUGCCGUACACAGCAGUGCCAUCAGCUUCGUCCAGCGAUCCAGACUAUUACUACCAAGUGACGAUAGCGAGUUAUGCGUCACGCUUGCAAUACCUGGGGGAGUACGAGCUCGGAGACGACGGGACGUUUGAGAUCGCCCUGACUCUCGUGCUCACGAUCGCAGUACCGAAAGCUGACGAAGGCCGUAACAUGCUCUACCUCCUCGCAUGCAAUGAAGAAGCGGUUCAAGCCUUCCUCAACCUCCCAACGUCUGAAGAUGCCAUGACCAAUAUCCACGUCCCGCCAUACUGCGCGAUGGCAAAUCGCACGCUGGACUACUACUGCCAGUCGUUUGCUCUAGAGGACGAGUCUUCCGACGAAUACGUGUAUCAGGCCUUCAAGGUCGUGUCCGGUUCCAUGGCCGAGAUGAUCCCGCCGGCGUACACCUUGCUGGAGAAUAAUGCUCAAAGCGCGGCAACGGAUGGGCGCUAUUCCAAAUCUGACUCGGACAGCUCGAACACCGUGAUCUUCUUCAUCGAUUCUUGCGAGACGCUGGGUGGUGAAGAUGGCAUCCUUCGGUCGUGUCUGAAACAUCCUCCAGGGUCCAAGCAAACGUCGGGAUACACUCCAGUUUCAGACGACAGUUCUUCAUGCUUCUACUGCCCAGCCAAUUACCCGCUGUCAUACACGAGCCAGAUCUCGGGCAUCGCAGAGGAAGAAGGGUGCACGCCGCCGCUAUCUCUGCCUCCAACUCUCCGGGGUACCGUGUCCAUGAACCUCUGCAACUCGAAAGGGGAUUGCCUCGGCAAAACCACAAGCUUCCAGUCGAUUUUCUACGGCCUGAACUCGCUUGUUUGGGGCAUCACUGCGUUCGUGUGGAUUGUGCACAUCCACGCGGCCGCGCGAGACGCCGUAGUGGACCUCCAGAACAAGAUGAAGCUAAUCCCAAUCACGCAAGUGUGCUACUCGGUACUCACGUUCGGGGAUCUGUUCGCUGAAGACAAAGUCGUGGGCACUGCGCGCACUCUCAUCCAGAACGUGGCCGUCCUGGCGCAGCUUGUGGCUCUCGCAGUGUUCGCCGAGGUGGUGGUCGUCAUCGCCAAAGGCUGGAAGAUCACGCGACCUGCGCUGCUCCCGCGCGAAGUCCAAUGGAUCCGCUUCGUGACGCUGAGCUGGGCGGGGUCAUCCGCCGUGCUGAAGCACACGGGCGACAAACAGCUGGCUGUUUUGAUCGUCUGGGGGCUCUCGUGGGCGUGCGUCGUGUUCAUGGUCUGGUACAACUCGGCCUUCAACUUCAACAUGCUCAAGUACCAGCUCGCCAUGGUGCGCCAGCUCGACCUGAACCCGCAGCUCACGCCCGUGUAUACCAAAUUCAUGCUGUUCCGCCGCUUCUGCGCGCUGCUGGCUGGGUACAUCUUCUUCUCGUGCGUCCUGGGCAUCGUGGGGCUUGUGAACGACGCGACUCAGCACUCCUCCGAGUGGGCCUCGCUCUUGGGGGACGAAGGCCUGACUCUGCUGCUGUUCGCCGCCCUGGGCUACACACCAAGCUCCAGCACAUCGCGGGAGUAUCCUCCCUGA